UCAUGGGGCCCCCGGGCAAUAGGGGAUCAUGGGGCCCCUGUGUCCUUGCCCAAACUCAAAAAAGCCUAUGAAAAAGGUACCAGGGGCAUCUCAUGGGGCACCUUACUGACCCCGGGCCCUCGGGCAGUGCCCGAGUUUCCAAAUGGUCAGUCCGCCCCUGAGACAGAAGCACCCUCAUGAGGGCAAUAGACAGAAACACCCUCAUGAAAGCAUAGACAGGAGCACCCUCCCUCAUGAGAGGCAUAGACAGGAGAACCCUCAUGAGGGUCAUAAACAGGAGCACCCUCAUGACGGCCAUAAACAGGAG